CACUUGCUUCGUUGCCAUGCUCAAUCUCAAUCACGCGAUACAAUUAAAUUAUUAGUUGCUCAUCUUCUUGAUUGCUUGCGGUCCUCCUUUCAAUUCAACUAAUUUCCGGUUGUUGCCAUUUUGCUUUUUGGGCAAAUCUUCGCGAAUAUCGGUGAAGUUCUCGUUCUUGUUCUCGCCUGCUGGAUUCUGGAUUUGUAAGUUUUCUUUCACUUCCCUCCGUUUCUUUUCCGUUUUCCCUCCCUUUUUCAGAAGUAGCGACUUCGGUUCUCUUUUUGGUUUCACCCUCCCUCGUUCGGCCUCCGAUUUGUGACCAAUGGAGAUGGCUAUGGAAGAUUCAUAUUCGCACGUUUUGCUUUCCAUUGCUCGCGUUUCGCUCACCGAGGAUGGAAGAACUCCGCGGUUUCCGAUUAAUCUAUUACGAAGUACGCUGCGAAUAUGUAUACCUACGCCCUUUUAAGUGUUAUUUAGGGUUUUCUUAAAUUUCUUAAGUAUUGGUUGUGUUCUGGUCUGCUAUUUCGAGGAUUCUAUUUCGAUUUGGGGCAUCUUUGUUGGAUUUCCUGCAAUUUGAAGAUUGAUUGUUCGUGUUAUUGGACUCCUCGAAGUUUUCAUGGUUGGUAAAAUUCCUUCGCCCUUGUUGCCAAAUCUUGCACAGCCCCCUGCUUUUGCAAUUCAAGAAGUUUGAAGAAUUAUCGUGUUCGUUCUUUCGGAUAUUGAGAUAUUUCUGUUCGAUUAUCAGUGCGUUAGGGUUUCAUAUAGCUUUCAUAAGCCGCUGUUUGUCUUCUUUCUGGCGUUGAAGAAUAUUACGAAUUCGAGUGUGAAACUCAGACUCUAAUCUCCUGGGCGAGAGUAAUCGAAUGGCAAGAAAGAUGGAAUUGGGAUUCCCAAAAUCUGCUUCGUACAGUCUUCGGGAACAAGCUGCUAGAACAAUUCUACGCAAUGUGAGGUCACAAGGGCAUACAUACGUCGAGCUACGAGAAGAUGGAAAAAGGUUCAUUUUCUUUUGCACUUUGUGUCUUGCACCAUGUUAUAGUGAUUCAGUGCUCUUUAACCACCUGAAGGGUACUCUUCAUACUGAAAGAUUAUCUGCUGCUAAGCUGACUCUUUUAGGACCAAAUCCUUGGCCUUUUGAUGAUGGUGUUCUUUUCUUCCAUAAGCCAGUUGAACGAGAUAAUCAGAUUGGGAUUUCAAAUGACAAUCAUGAAAGGUUGUUGGAGUAUCACAACAAUGACAACAAUCUUGCUAUUGUCAGGUAUGAUGAAAAUUCUAAAGGCAAUGGCGACAGACAUGUUGACUGUGAUGGAAAUAUAAGGGAUAUGUCCUUCGAGAAUUUGAAUGAUGGUGGAGACAGUUGUCCUUUGGUGAUUCCUGGUGUACUGAUUAGGGAUGAAAUUUCUGAUAUUAAAGUGAUGGAGUUGGGCUAUGGACAAAUUGCAGCUAGGUUUACUGAGAAGGACGGGAUCUUAACUGGAGUUGGCAGAAUAUGGUGCGAGUGGCUGGGUAAAGUAAAUGUUGAGCUUGAGGGUAAGGUCAAAGUUCCUGGACAUGAUUAUGCUAUUGUUACUUUCACUUAUAAUGUAGAUUUAGGUAGAAAGGGCUUGCUUGAUGAUGUGAAGUUAUUGCUCUCAUCUAGUCCUGGAGCUGAACUAGAAAAUGAUGAGAACACUAGAGUGAAAAGAAAGAAAUCGUUCUCAGAUCCUGGGGUUGUUAGUGAGUCUUUGAGCCAUCAAUAUGAUUCGUCGGGUGAAGAUUCUUCAGCUUCAAAUUGUGUCACUUCAUCACUGUUGUUGGAUAGAUAUGAUGAUCAAAUUCUGAGUACAACAAUCACGUUGAAUAAGGCAGUAAGGCGUGAACUGAGAAGGCAACAGCGUUUAGUUGCAGAGCGGAUGUGUGAUAUCUGUCAACAAAAGAUACUCACCCAUAAAGAUGUAGCAACACUCGUGAACAUGAAAACUGGAAGACUUGCCUGCAGUAGUCGAAAUGUUAAUGGGGUGUUUCAUGUAUUUCAUACAUCGUGCCUCAUACAUUGGAUACUUCUAUGUGAGUAUGAGAUAAGUGUGAAGGAUCUAGGUGGUAAAAAAGCUAGACGAAGGUACAGGAGAAAGAACAGGACUAAGGGCAAUAAAUGCAGCAAGGACAGUGAAACGAGACAAAUAAAAACUCAAAUUGAUUCUAUAUUCUGCCCAGCAUGUCAGGGUACCGGUAUAACUGUUGAUGGAGAUGACUUAGAGAAACCAACAAUUCCUCUUUCGGAGAUAUUCAAAUAUAAAAUAAAGGUGAGUGAUGCCCGAAGAGCGUGGAUGAAAAGUCCUGAGGUUCUGCAGAAUUGUUCGACAGGUUUCCAUUUCCCUUAUCAAUCUGAAGAAACUAUACAGGAAAAUGUGAAGCCUCUCAAGCUGCUGCAUUUUUAUGGAGCUUUUGUAUAGAACUACCUUCAAAUUCGAGGUUGGAAGAGUAGGCUUCAAGCAUGCGCCGAGGCGUACAGUUGAUCAUACUUUUCUCAAUAGGUAGGUACUAGACGAACUUUUGAACAUUCUUAGUCAUUGUAAAUGAAUUGUCCUCAAGUCUCGUAAAUAAUAUGAGGGGCAUGAAGGAUUAUCUUCAUAUAGAUUGGUCCUCAUCCUUAACCAGUUCCGCCUUCGUGAGUUAAACAUUGUAUGUACCAUGUUGGUCAGACACAGUUGUGAACUCUUGCGCACAUAUGUGUCAAUAUUACUUUAUCACAUUUCACAGUUGCAGUUUUA